GCCUAAAAGAGGUCCUUUUUCCUGAUGAUGUGUAUGCUUGAAAGAUCAACGUGAACCUAAACGAAACGGAGAAAACAAUACAUUGCAUAACUUUCGUUUACAGGCUUUUGUUUGUUUUGUUACCGUGUUUUGGUGGCGUCUUUAACGGUCACUGAAGAUGGAUAUGCUUUACCAUCAGACCAAUAAACAAAUUCAGGAUGUUCAGUCUCAGAUGGGGCGACUGGAGACAACAGAUCGACAAUCAGUCCACUUACUUGAGAAUGAACUUCAAGCAAGAAUUGACCAGAUCUUUAAUCAGCUGGAGCGUCUCGAGAUACUAGCCAGUAAAGAGCCGCCAAACCGCUGGCAAAAUGCAAAACUGCGUGUUGAUCAGUUGAAGUAUGAUGUGCAGCAUCUUCAGACAGCCCUGAGGAACUUCCAGCACAGACGCUACGCUCGCGAGGCUCAGGAGAGAGAAAGAGAGGAGCUCUUGAGCCGAAGCUUUACAACAAACGAUGCAGACACCUCCAUCCCUAUUGAUGAAACCCUGCAGUUUAAUAGCAGUCUACAGAACGCUCACAGAGGAAUGGACGACCUGCUGGGCUCUGGCUCCAGCAUCCUUAACGGCCUGAGAGACCAGAGGAGCACGCUUAAGGGUACCCAUAAGAAGAUGUUGGAUGUCGCGAACAUGUUGGGUUUGUCGAACACGGUCAUGCGUUUCAUUGAGAAGCGAGCGUCACAGGACAAGUUCAUCAUGAUGGCUGGAAUGCUGGCUACUUGCUUUGUCAUGUUCCUGGUGGUUAAAUACCUGAGCUGAACUCUCCCAGCUUUAUCCGACCCUGCUGCUCGAUCGCGUCAGUGGAUCAUUGCGGUUUUCAUGCCACAUGCAUCACAUCUAUGAAAACUGCACAGGUGUCCUGAAAGAAACAUAACAGAACUGCCUCUUUGCAGGAUGACUGCCACUCUCAACAUCACAAACCUUUUGUGUCUCUAGUCUUUCGUCUUUAAAUGUGUUUUGAAAUCCUUUCAUAACUUUCCUCUGAGCUAAUUCAGAAAUAAGCAGCAAAUUUGUCUUACUGCUCUUUAUUUUGUAGUCCAGACUGAACUAAAACCUUUAUUAUCCCCGGUAUUAUAAAAGCAUUGGAGCAAAUAAUAAUAAAAAAUAAUAAUUUAAUUUAAAAUGUAAUGGUUAGAGAAUUGGUCUGUUAUCUGGCUCUUCAUUGCCGCCACAUGGACAACAAACCAAAAAUGUUUGGUUAUUCAGUGCUGUGUACUGUAUUGUUCAUAAAGGUCCUAACCUCUAAAUACAAAUGUCUGUGCAAUAAACUCAAAUAGCCACAUACAUCCAGCUGCCUUGAGAUGUAAAACUCUACACUUGUUUCAUGUUGUUAAACUGCAAGUGUGUACGCCUGGAUCUAAGCAGGAGCCACAGCCUCCGGCAAACAGGAAAUGAGACGUCUUAUUGGACAUCUGCUGCAUGGAUCUUGACACUCUGUGUGCGCACAUUCACACAUGCUCAAGACCCCAGCAGCAAAUCCUCAACAAUGUCCUCCUGCAACAGACAUGCAUCAAAAAAAAUACCACAUAAUUUCUUAAUGUAGACUCAUUUUA